GGAGGAAACAGUAAAUUCAUAAAUUUGUUGAGUUCAACUGAAAUUGGAACUUAGAGCGACGUCUUAGAAACUUGAGGAUCUGUUUGGCAGCUGAGAGAAGCAGAGCAAACUCAAGGGACUGCUAAUUUUAGUAAUAUUUUAGAAUAUAGUUCUUUUCACAACCAAACAAGGACUUCAAACUUUGAAUUCUUUUUUUUUUUGAAUUUUUUUUUUUAAGUUUCUCGUUACUCGUAGGUGAAGCAUUCACCAAUGGAAAAGAUUCAAAGUUUUAUUUUUUUUUUUAAAAUCUCUUUUAAGAAUUUUACAGCUAUCGAAAGAACGGUAGUGAUUAUGGCUUCGUGUCGUUAAGUGUUGGAAGUUAUUGUAGCCUUUAAGUGGACAAUUUGAAGGGACUUGAAUGAAUUAAUUCAUGAUGUGAUUUUGACUUAAAGUUUGAGCUAGUAAGAUGCUCUUUCUUUCGCCAUAACAUCACAAAAUUCGAAAUUCCAAUUUAUAUAAUAUAUUGUUUGUCUUCUUCUCCGUGCUUUAAUAAUAAUAGCAGUAAUAAAAAUAAUAACAUAUUUGGAGUGCUGGUAUUGGAACCUGAAGUUAGAUUCUGAUGCUUGAUGAUAUAAAACUCUGUGUUGGCGCUGUAUCCACAUAGAUUGUUCUAUAAGAAUUUAUUUGGAGAAUAUUUAUUUUCAGUAGAAGCAUGAGAGUCCUUUUCCAGUGCCAAUGUUGUUUUUUCACGUAAUGAAUCUUGCCCCUUUGUUGGUGCUUUUUGUUCAAUGUUUCAACGGUGUCGUUGGCUGCAGAAAAAGAAAAGUACUUUGCCAUUGUAUGCAUAGAAUAUGGAAUAAAUUAAUUGAUGAGGAGGUUGAUAUUUUUUAUUAUACGUGCUGCAUAUACAAAGAGGAACAAGAACCUAUAAAGCACAUGUGGGUCAAGCUACGGUUCAGGGCCUAUAGCUGAAUAUGAUAAAAGAAAAGAUAUGUGGUAUUGAGGCUUCACCUGUAUUUUUCUAGAACGAAAGGCAGAACCUUCUCCAACUACUGGUUCAUUUACUAACACUCAAACAGGACAUGGCUUCCUUGGCUCCAAUUCAUAUUCCGUGAUGGCUCCCUCAAAUGCCUAUGGAGAAAGAAAAUCCAGCUGCUUUGAGUGUAGACCCCAUACUAGAUCAAACUUGGUUCCUGCAGAUGUGAACCAUCAAAGAACUGAACAAUCUGUUCAAGUUCAAGGCCAGUAUUACUCUCAAUCACAUGCAUCAUCACCUACAGUCAAAAGCGAGGAAGUCCCUUUGAAUGAGUUGAGUCUAUCGGCACCACCUCCCAUGGUUACUUCGGGGUCUAGUGCUCCUACUGAAGUUGACUCAGAGGAAUUAAACCAGAUGGGAGCGUCCAACAGUGGGCUUCAGGUGUCACAAUCUGAUCAUAAAGGUGGAAGUGGUCUUUCAAUGUCAUCUGAUGAUGGAUAUAACUGGAGAAAAUAUGGGCAGAAACAUGUUAAAGGAAGUGAAUUUCCACGCAGCUAUUACAAAUGUACACAUCCUAACUGUGAAGUGAAGAAGUUAUUUGAGCGUUCUCAUGAUGGACAGAUAACAGAAAUUAUCUAUAAGGGUACACAUGAUCAUCCUAAGCCUCAACCCAGCCGCCGAUAUACUGCUGGUGCUGUUUUGUUGAUGCAAGAAGAUAGAUCUGACAAAAUUUCAUUACAUGGCCGAGAUGACAAGUCACCUAGUGCAUAUGGUCAAGUGUCUAAUACCAUUGAGCCAAAUGGUACCCCUGAACUGUCUCCUCUCACACCAAAUGAUGAUGGCACUGAAGGUGCUGAAGAUGAUUACGAUCCCUUCUCAAAAAGGAGGAAAAUGGAUACUGGGGGUUUUGAUGUUACUCCAGUGAUUAAGCCUAUACGGGAACCACGUGUCGUUGUCCAAACUCUGAGUGAGGUUGAUAUACUGGAUGAUGGGUACCGGUGGCGCAAAUAUGGGCAGAAAGUGGUGAGAGGCAAUCCUAAUCCAAGGAGUUACUAUAAAUGUACAAAUGCUGGAUGCCCUGUUAGGAAACAUGUGGAGAGGGCAUCUCAUGAUCCAAAAGCUGUGAUAACUACUUAUGAGGGGAAACACAAUCAUGAUGUGCCUACAGCAAGGAGCAGUAGUCAUGAUACGGCAAGGAGCAGUAGUCAUGAUACAGCAGGACCAACACCCGUGAAUGGACAAUCAAGGAUUAGAUCAGAUGAAAGCGACACAAUUAGCCUUGAUCUUGGGGUUGGUAUCUGUUCAACUGCUGAAAAUAGAUCUAACGAUCAGCAACAAGCAAUGCAUUCUGAAUUCACCCAAAACAGAAACCAAACAAGUGGUUCCAGUUUCAGAAUAGCUCCAAGAACCCCAAUUACACCUUACUAUGGUGUUUUAAAUGGUGGCAUGCAUCAGUUCGGAUCUAGACAAAAUCCAAAUGAAGGCCACAGCGUUGAAAUUCCACCUUUAAGCCAUUCUUCCUGCCCGUAUCCUCAGAACAUGGGAAGAUUAGUAAUGGGUCCAUAAAUUUCUCUUAAAUGAAGUGAACAGAAAUAAAAGUCCUGUGGAGAUAUUUCAUUUUUCCUCAAUUUUAGCUGGUAGACAACAAAAAAGCCUAGAAUCUGAAAUUGGGAAUUCAAAUAGUUCUUACUAUUGUCUUUGGGGCUGAUCUUGGCUUUAACUUGUUACAAAUUCUGCUGUCGCCAAUUGUUGUAUUAAUCAACUAUGCUGAGCACAAAACAUUGUACAAAUAUGAAAGUAACACGGGUAUAAUUUCCAAAAAGAAACACUACUGUAAAAUUAGUGCUUGAAAUGGGAUUCAUUGUGGUGUCUUUGAACAAAA